AUGCUUGAGAAAAUUCAAAUUAAUUCAACUGUACUAAAAUACAUCACUCGAUCACAUGUAUCCUCAUUACGAACACGUCAACUAACCUUUAAUGCAUUUAUUUUACCAUAUUUUCAACUGAUAUAUGCAACCUGGCCCUUACUUUCCAAUGGAACUAUUGCCAAAAUUGAAGCCAAAAAUCGUCAAAUCUAUAGAUUGAUCCACAAUUGGUGGGAUGCUCGUAACGAUGAAGUACAAUGGUUGCCUGCUUUUCAAACUGCUACAUCACGUGCUCAACGUUUCUUACGCCACUUCAUUGAUAAAGCACAAACAAUAUCACCUGAACUUUUCGAAUUUUAUAUUCUCUCAAAGGCGAUGCCGAUGUAUCUACAAAUGCACUUCGAAGAAACUCAAUUUAUUGACGCUCUACCUCGUGGUAGACCUAAUAGUUACAUUCGUAAUUGGAUUAACUGGAACAAUCAUGCACAUCUUCAUAAGUGUUACUUGGAUCAUUUAUCUGCCUUUUUAUCAGCAUCCACUAUUGCACAAAACUAA